UAAACAAUAAUUUAUUUAUGCUAUUUAGACUUAUUUUAUUCUAUUUUAGACUUUUAGAUUUAAUUUAUCAUCUAUCUUCAUAAAAUUAUUACUUCAUUUAUUUAACUUUUAGACUUUAAAUUAUAAAUUUUUAGCUUGUAUGAUUUUAUUUUUACUAUUGUAGUAAUACAUUUAUAAGCUUACCAUUUAACAUAUCUAAAUAAGCACAUAUUUAAUUAAACAAUUAUAAAAUCUUCAUAGAUAAUUUGAAAUCUUGCAUUUUUGGUUUAAUAAACUAUGUAUUUUGUAUUCUUUUAAGAAAUAAUAUGUUCACUUUUUCAUAUGAAUCUAUAAAUAUUAAUUACAUACUUUUUUGUAAAGUUUUAUGUAAUAGAUAUUUAUUACUAAUUAUAAAAACUUUUUUAUUCUAGCCUUAGGCCCCCGAACACUUAGGCACGGCACUGUUUAGGGCAUUUAAAAUCAAAUGUUUGAUCUAAUUCGAUAUAUCGUAGAUUUGUCCACACAAUACAAAGAAAAUUUUCAUUUAAAAACUAGAUUUUGAUCAAAACUAUCAUUCUUACUUUCCUGAUAAAUUGUUAAUUAAUGAAAACAACAAAAAGUAUGGAUUACAUCACGGAAAACUUAGUUGAUAUACCUAGUACUCUAGUAGUUUGAUGAUACGUUAUACAAAGCACACCAUAUGCCAUGAUAUCAAGAGAUGGCACAUUCGUUUGACAUUAACAAAUUCAAGUACUAAUAAUGAUACAUAUAUAUAUAUAUAUCAAAUUGUCAAUCACAUAAAUAGCUUACUUUUUUUAUACUUUUCGACCCCUUUUGAAAAUUAAAAUUAAAAUUUACUUUAGUUAUCACUUAUCAGUCUUCAUAAAAAAGCGGGAAACUAUAUUCCAUCAUGAUUAAUUUUCCUUUUUUAUAUAAUUUUGUACUGAAACUAAAGAAUUGAAAACAAUAUGGAAAUAUAUAAAUUUAAUUAUAUAACAACAUCUAAGACCGAGUCAAGCCUGAUUAACUACAGAUUGUAAGGUAUUGAAAUAUUCAAAAUAUAUAACUAACUAUCUUCAUUCAAAAGGUACAUGUCAGCUCCAAAAAGAUAUAAACAAUCUCAUAAAUCCAAAGCAAUCAGUGGCAGUACUCCUGAAGUUAGACGAUAAAGAAGAUCAAAGUAGAAAAGAGAAACUGAUAAAGCUGAGCCUAUCAAAUGAUAAUUGAUAAACACAUAGGUAACAAUUCAAAACCACUCCAAAACUCUGACCAGAGAUGAAGAGUACAUUUGCAUCACAAAACCAAAGAGAUAUCAGCUCAAAAAAAAAAAAAAAACCAAAGAGAUAUCAAUAUCAUAAUUAUGAUUAAUUUACCAGAACUAAAAAUGUGAACCGAACGAAGGAAUAUUCAAGGAAAAUAAUUAUUAUAAUUAUUCUGCCGACGGUGUACGAGAGGGCACAAAGACUUGGAACGAAAGUCUAGAUCAAUCUAUUAGAUAUUUGAUUAACGUUGCUUCACCAUGCAGCAUGCCUUUAUUUUCUCGUCCAGCCACACUUUUACGAUCACAUUCUGACUCCUUGAUAGCCGGUUUAUCCUUCACAUUCUCCCCACUUUUAAGCAUAUAUAACUCGAUCAAGCUGGGCACAUUGUAUUACACUAGCUAGUAGCCUAGUAUUUUAUUGAUUAUAAAAUACUUAAAAAUUAAUAUGCCAUUUUAUUGGUUUAAGUCGUUUUAGCGGAGAAGGUUUUUAUUCUAUCGUACUAAAACUGAGUUUUCAACGUAAUGCACGUCAUUUCAGCUGCCAUAAGUUUUAUAUUAAGACCUAGGAGGCUAGGACUAUAUCAAAUUGAAACCUAAACACUGAAUCUUACGCACUUUCUACAUGGUACAUUGAUUAUGGAUGCACUAAUUGUGCUUAAAAGUUAUUUCAGAAUCGUUCAUUUUGUUUAUCUUGCUUGUGGGUACUUUCACAUCUGGCAUGAAUUUUACGUUGACCUCGGGGGCUAGGACUAUAACAAUUUGAAACCUAAAGAUAGAAUCUUACGCAGUUUUUACCUGAUACAUCAUUAUUCAGUAACCGUACUUAGAAGUUAGAUCAGAAUAUAUCGUUCAUUUUUGUUUAUAUCUUGCAUGUGGCUACUUUCACAUCAGUCAGGUGUGCUAAGUUUGAACCCAAGAAGCAUAAUAUAUGUAUAUAGUUAUUGAUCCAAUACAGAAUUGUAUAAAUAUAUAAUCGAUGACAAGAAGAAAUAAAAUAGUAUAAUAUAUGUAUAGUCAAUUAGCCUUUAAUUAUAUAAAAUACAUAUGUGUUCCUGCUUCCUCUGUUCACAAUUGGAUCUAAAAGCAUCCUCAAUGCUACAACUUCUCAAAUGGGUUGUUAUCAGAUUUAUAUUUAUCUAAUUAAGAUAUAUUUUGUUAUAAAUAUAUAGUUAUACCAAUUAUAAAAUGACACAUGCAUGUGUAGAGUAUCUAUGAUUUUUCAUUUGAGAAAUUUCUUAUUUUUUAUUACUGAGAUAUACAAUGAGAAACAAGCAAUGAAACUACUAUAUGGAAGAAAAGUAAGUGAGACCAAAACAAAUACACAAACUUACGCUAUAAAACAAAAACGAGUUGUUCGAAUAUGAACUUGAACUUGUAAAAUUCUUGGAAAACUAAUUACAAAUCUUUUGGACUUUGUGAGAAAAAUAUUCAACAUUAAUGAAGAAUUAUUCAAACGUACUCUACUCAUUCCACCACAUGUAUGGCUACUGCAAAAAAAAAAACGACUCGUCAUACCCUAUAUAAACGAUAUAUAUUUCCUUCGUCCUUCACAAACAUUUUAUGCCCCCAUAUCUCUCUCUACGAGCAAAAAAAAAAAGAGAUGGGGCUUAAGAAUAUCAUUUUGGCAAUAUUUAUAAUUGCCAUAACCAUCAUCGUACUGAUUUCUACAGUAUCCGUUAGCAACAGCGAAACAGAAACGCAUAUGCAAACGCAAACGCAAACGCUCGUUACGAAGGAACCUCUUAGGGUGAGUCGUUUCCUAGCGCAAAACGAGAAGAAAGGUCAUCGCAACGCUAACGCGGCUGAUCAUUGCAACAAGAACGAGGAGAUAUGCAAGAGUCAAGGAUCGUCCAACUCCACAAUGGCUUGUUGUAGCAACAAGUGUGUUGAUGUGGCGUACGAUAACGAUAAUUGCGGCGCAUGUAGCAACCAAUGCAAGUUCACGCAGACUUGUUGUGGAGGAGAAUGUGUUUACUUGGCUUAUGAUAAGAGGCAUUGUGGGGAGUGUAACCAUCGUUGUUUGGUUGGUGACGUUUGUGUCUAUGGGUUGUGUAAUUACGCUUGAUAUAUGUGGUUAGUUAGUUUUUCUAUAGUAAACUUUGCUAUGUUUACUAGUGUUCCAGUUAAUGUGAUUUUAUAAUAUAAUAUUCUUGUUUGGAUUGUUGAUUUCUUAUAUAGAAAUUUGGAUCAAGAAAUUGAUAAAAAUAUGUUGGUUUUCUUAGUGUUUGAUAUUGCGAGAAGAUUCAACGAAAUGGAAAAGCACUAGUCACUGGAUGUUCUUGGGUUAGUAACUGCAAGAUUUAUACUAUUGUAAAAUUCAAUUUUUGUAACUUAAUAAUGCCUAACAAGCUAAACCAUGUUCGUUUUUGUAACUGGACGAUGUAUAAUUGUAUACAUAUGUUGCAUUGAAACGGUGUUUUAGUAUGAUUUUUAUACAUAAUUUUUAUAUUUAGUUGUUGACUUGUGUAGAUGUUUAAUUUGUCCAUUUUUUUCACAGAGUACUUAAUGCAACUAAUUACAAAAAUAAAAUUUAUCACAUUUAUUAAAAAAAAUAUAUGUUAAUUAAAAAUAAAUAAAAACAGUUCUAAGAAAUUUUCUUUUCGAAAUUCCAACAAAAUUCUAAAAUUUUAUUUUAGAAAAGCUUCGUAUUACUUAAGGAGCUGUUUCUAUUAGUAAGCCUUGCCAAUUAUUUGAAACCCUUACUUAAGCGGAUCUUAUGAUAUUUAAUUUGGGGUUUUCUUUAAAGUUAAACACAGUUUAAGCACUACGAUGGACAAUAGAAAUUAUGUUCCAGCACUCGAUAUGUUAGAGCUUUGGGACGGAUUGCAAAGAUUUGAUCACCAUGAUCAAGGAAUCUCAUACUUGGUCAAGCUUUGCAACAGAAUUGAAAAUGAUAGAAACUCUACAAAUAUACUUUCCGGACUUCAAAAUCAUUCAUAUUCCAUGAACGAAAACCAUAUUUCGGAUUCUUUAGCUACGAUUGCGAGGUUUUUCUACAAGGAUUUAUAUUUUAUUGGUUGUUUUAUUCCGGUUUAGUUACCCAAACCACCUCAAGUUUGAGUAAUAGAAUAACAUUUCAUUGUAAAAAAACACAGUUGUUUAACAAGUUCACUAAACAACUUAACCAAAGUAAACACAAUUGUGUAUCAACAAAGUUAAACUUAUUUGUGGUAUUUCUCAGUAAUGGUGACUAAUAUUUAAUUAAUAAUUAAAUACAGUCGUUUAACAAGUUUAUUAAACAAAAUUGUUGUUCAAUAGCUGCAUUAAUUUAAAUCAAAUCUUGCAGUAACGUGGAAAUCAAACAAGGAGAAUAAACAAAGUAUGCAAUUGUUUAACAAGUUCAAAACCAGCAAAUGACACGAUCCAAGAAACAAAAGUACAUGAAUUUAGUAAUAAC